GUGGCGUUAUGGCUUAAAAAGGCCGCGUUCGUGCGCGCCGUUUAUCCUGUUUUUCUAUCCGUGAAGCGCAGAGCUCGACACUAUGGCAAGAACCAAGCAGACCGCCCGUAAGUCCACCGGUGGCAAAGCGCCAAGGAAGCAGCUCGCUACUAAGGCUGCUCGCAAGAGUGCGCCGGCUACCGGCGGCGUGAAGAAGCCUCACCGUUACAGGCCCGGCACCGUGGCUCUGAGGGAGAUCCGUCGUUAUCAGAAGUCUACUGAGCUGCUCAUCCGCAAGCUGCCCUUCCAGCGCCUGGUGAGAGAAAUCGCUCAGGACUUCAAGACCGACUUGCGUUUCCAGAGCUCGGCCGUCAUGGCCCUGCAGGAGGCGAGCGAGGCAUACCUGGUCGGUCUGUUCGAGGACACCAACCUGUGCGCUAUCCACGCCAAGAGAGUGACCAUCAUGCCCAAGGAUAUUCAGCUGGCCCGCCGUAUUCGCGGAGAACGCGCUUAAACCACAACUCCGUCUAAUAUACACAAAGGCUCUUUUAAGAGCCACUUCCUCGUCUCACAAAACAGCAAAUUUUCUUUCUUGGGCAGUUUAAGUAUUAGAACGUGGUACAGAGAGAGAGAAGGAAC